AUGGAGAUCAAACACCCGCGUCGCAUCCUCGUCCUCGGCAGAUCAGACGGUGACAUUUCUCGCGUCGCUCAUGAUGCGACAGAUCUGACGGGUUCCGCACCCACCCCCGAUCCAUCCACCGGCUCUCUCGCCGGCGCAUCCCACGAAUGGACCCUCAAGACUUCCUACUACACAGCCGUCAUCCCCAUCUGGAUCGACGAGAUCACUGACGUCGACGCCUGGAAAGCCGAGUUUCUCAAGCCCGAGGCCAAAGAGGUAGUUGAUGCCUUGGGCGCAUGGAUCUACUGUUUCGACAGCAAAAAGCAAGAGUUGGGAGACGAAGUCACAAUACCCGAAGUGGUGGAGAAGACCAUGAAGGCUGUUAGUGAUGUGGUGGAAAGGGCUUGUGGUAUGAUGUGGGAUGGUACGCGACUUGCCGUGGACCUCACACCCUCCAACAAAGACAAGUCUACCGUCGUGGCUGAAGAGUUGUGUCUGGAUCUCGGGUUCGAGUACGUUCAUAUCGAGGCGACGGGCAAGAACGAAUACGGAGAAAAGCUCGGUCUAGAGAGGGCAAAGGAGGCACUUGAAGCAAACGAAUGGUCAGCAUCAUCUCUCGAAGAUGACGACGAGGACGGUAUUGGAGGCUUGGACGAUGAGCAAGCACAGAUGAACGCCGAGCUUUGGGGUCUGAAGGCAUCUCUACUAGAUCCGGACAAUGAGGGAGAUGAGGAUGAGGGAAGUGCUUUGCAGAUUGAAGGCAUGGAACAGAUGAUGAGUCAGUUGAUGGCUAUCAAAGAGACGACUGCUGGUAUGCCAGAAAAUGAGCGGAAGAGAUAUGCUGCUCGAGCUGUCGACGAUCUCAUGAAGAAUUUCGAUUGA